AUGUCUGGCGCUGUAGCUCGACUCGCCAACUUGAACUCUCAAGUGAGCAGUCGCGCAAGGCAGUCUCCCCCCGAUUCGCGAAACACCGCGUCAACUAGUGGACCUAUCAAUGCUGACUCUUUGGAAAGCGCUGAUCUCGGCCUUAUUGGCCUUGCCGUCAUGGGUCAGAACUUGAUUCUGAACAUGGCCGACCAUGGCUUCACUAUCUGCGCCUUCAACCGAACCAUCUCCAAGGUCGACCGCUUCCUCGCGAACGAGGCCAAGGGCAAGCCAAUUGUCGGCGCCCACUCCUCCGAGGAGUUCAUCUCCAAGCUCAAGAAGCCCCGUCGAGUCAUGCUUCUCGUCCAGGCCGGAAAGGCUGUUGACGACUGGAUUGAGAGCCUUCUCCCUCUCCUUGAGCGCGGUGACAUUAUCAUUGAUGGCGGUAACUCUCACUUCCCCGACUCCAACCGCAGGACAAGAUACCUUGCUGCCAAGGGCAUCCGCUUCGUCGGCUCUGGUGUCUCCGGUGGUGAGGAGGGUGCUCGAUAUGGCCCCUCUCUCAUGCCCGGUGGCAACGAGGAGGCGUGGCCCUUCAUCAAGGACAUCUUCCAGUCCAUCGCCGCCAAGAGCGACGGUGAGCCCUGCUGCGAGUGGGUCGGUGAUGAGGGUGCUGGUCACUACGUCAAGAUGGUCCACAAUGGUAUUGAGUACGGUGACAUGCAGCUGAUCUGCGAGGCCUACGACAUCAUGAAGCGCGGUCUCGGCAUGACCUCCAAGGAGAUUGGAGAUACCUUCGCCAAGUGGAACAAGGGUGUUCUCGACUCGUUCCUCAUUGAGAUUACUCGGGAUAUCAUGUACUUCAACGACGAGGAUGGUACUUCUCUCGUCGAGAAGAUUCUCGACAAGGCCGGCCAGAAGGGCACCGGCAAGUGGACUUCUGUCAACGCUCUUGAUCUCGGCAUGCCGGUUACUCUCAUUGCCGAGGCCGUCCUUGCCCGUUGCUUGUCUGCCAUCAAGGACGAGCGUACCGUCGCCUCUACCAAGCUCGAGUACGUUGGCCGCGCAAACACCUUCGAGGGCAACAGGGAGCAGUUCAUCGAGGAUCUCGAGCAGGCUCUCUACGCCUCCAAGAUCAUCUCCUACGCUCAGGGCUUCAUGCUCAUGCAAGAAGCCGCUAAGGAGUACGGAUGGAAGCUCAACAAGCCCUCCAUCGCUCUCAUGUGGCGUGGUGGCUGCAUUAUCCGCUCUGUCUUCCUCAAGGACAUCACUGCCGCCUACCGCAAGAACCCCGAUCUCCAGAACCUCCUCUUCGACGAUUUCUUCAACAAGGCCAUCCACACUGCCCAGCCCGGCUGGCGAGACGUCGUUGCCAAGGCUGCUCUCCUCGGUAUCCCCACCCCUGCCUUCUCUACUGCCCUCUCCUGGUUCGACGGCUACAGGACGAAGGAUCUCCCCGCCAAUCUUCUCCAGGCCCAGCGUGACUACUUCGGUGCGCACACCUUCCGCGUCAAGCCCGAGGCUGCCAACGCCAAGUACCCCGUCGGCCAGGACAUUCACGUCAACUGGACCGGCCGUGGUGGCAAUGUCUCCGCCUCUACUUACCAGGCGUAA